AUGGCCACUGGAAAACAAGCAAAGGAGCCUUCCAAGUCCUCGAAAAAGAAGACCAACACGUCUCAAAACACUUCUCGGAAAGCCGCCAGUAACAAAUCGGACCAAAACAAGUCUGCGAAGAAAAAGGAGGACCCACUCAACUGGGAGGAUCCCAAGGACAACCUGACUUGGUCUCUCCUGGAUUCUAUCGAGCAGGAUGAGGACAUGAUGAGAGGGCUGUUCCCUGGUUCAGGAGGAAACACAUCUACGCAGCGCGGCGGUGGAAAGAAGAAGAUCGAGUAUCACUGGGCUCUCGCCAAGAUUCUAUUCGAGAAUCACAGUGUACAGGGUCCGAAGCUUGCCGAGAAGGCCAUGGACAUCAAAGGCAAACUUGGUCAGACGGGUGGUGGGAUUGAGCGUGCAGACCAACUCGACGGAGCGUCCGAGCAUGUCCGGAACUUGUGGGAGGAGCUUGUCACAGGGCCGUUCCCUUACUACGAGCGCAUAAUGGCUCUCAUUCAAAACAACCCCAACAAAGAGCCCCCAGAGGUCAACAACACCGAAUCAAAUGUUGAUUUCGGGUCUAUUAUGCUGGAAGUAGACGAUGCCGGUAGCGAUCGAGACCCACCGGGGCUUGAUGAUGAGGACGAAGAUGAGGAGGAAGAUGAUGAUGACAACCAGGGCUCGUACAGUUCCACCAGCGCCGGAGAAGACUCGGGGUUGGAAAGCGCGGAUGAGGGAGCUGAUGGAUUGGGGGAGAUCUCCGACGAGGACGAGCACUCGGAGAAGACGCAAAAGAAACGUAAGCAGUCCUCUACUCCUCUCGCGCCCAAGCAAGCCGCAAAGAAGGCAAAGAAAACACCAGCUCGUCGUGCCGCAUCCUCUCCCGCAGCCGCGAAACAGACGCCCACAAUGAAGAGGAAGUCCAAGGACAGCGGCGAGUUCGACAACCUGCAUCUGGAAGAGGAGAAGACACAUCGUAAGCAGCUUGAGGUGGAGGCGCUGAAAGUCCGCCUAGAGACCACCAAGGUGAAGGGCAAGGUGGCACUCAAAGAGGUGGCGAUUCGGAACGAGCACAAGUUCAGGAUGGCCAGGGUCAAUGCGAGCCUGCAGAUCCAGCUCGCGCAAAUCCAGCGCAAACAGGCACCGGUCUCUCCAUUCGACCUCGCAAGCUCGACCUCCUCCUCGGACAUUCACCAGACUGGUACAGACCCCCUCCAAUGGGAUUACGGAGCAGCCUCAGCCUCAGCAUCGUUGAUGGGCCCGAUGGCGAUGGAUUACAAUAGUAGGCAUGGUGUAGACUUCGGCAAUUUUGGCGAAGGAAGCGUGGCCACGGGUCACAGCACUGGGAAGUCGUCCAAGUCUUAG